AUGAAUGUCCUGAGCCGCGAGAAUGACGCGAUGUCUAGGGCCAUGUCGCCUGAGAAGCGCUUUUCUCCGGAAAAAGGCUCUCCCAGCAAGCACAUGUCGCCUUUUAAGAAAGGCGGCAAAGCGACAUCUUCGCGCACAGGCCGCAGUGCGUUGACGGACAAGACCAACCAGUCGCCAGCCAAGGCGUUCCAAACUCCGUUUCGGGGGCAAGCAACGAGUUUCGUGACGCCUGCUGAUAACAUUGGCCGCGCAGGCCAAAUCAAGGCGCGUUUAGGUGAGAUGUACGACGCGCAGCGAGACACGGUCCCAGACACAUCAGAGCCGACAGAUAUGGAGCCUGUGGAAGAAGAAUGGCCCGAGAUAGAAUACAUGCCAUCUCGGACGCCCACGAUACCCUAUGAUAUGCCGCCGAUCCUCGACGGAUGGCCGCGUGCUAAAGAGGUAGCGGCCUUGUUGGCCGGUGCGCCGCUCCUUCGACAAGAGCCCGGCUCAGCGAUCGAGACGCGCGUCAAGGCAUCUGACCUCGCAUUAGAGGCGCCGCAUACCGGUGGGCGACGAGCGGCAGGUGCGCCGCGGCCCACGCCUCCUGUGCGGUCGGACGCCCUGUCCCGCCAGGUGGAAAAGGCCUUGCACCAGCCCUUCCCCAGUAAGGGCUUUGUAGUUACCGAAUGA